CCCAUAUAUGGCAGGGUUACAAGCUUUAUAAUAUGUGCGUCUCCCUUCUUGGUGGAAAACCCUAGCGAGUAAUCUCUGAGCCGCUCUGCAAAAGCAUAAUCAAACCUAUUCAGAGAUUUAAAAAAAUGUCGACAGUGGGAGAGCUUGCUUGCAGCUACGCAGUUAUGAUCCUCGAGGACGAGGGUAUUUCUAUCACGGCCGACAAGAUCGCUACUUUGGUGAAAGCCGCCGGCGUUGAGAUUGAGUCAUACUGGCCAAUGCUAUUCGCCAAGAUGGCUGAGAAACGUAACGUCACUGACCUCAUCAUGAACGUUGGUGCUGGUGGCGGAGGCGGUGCCCCAGUUGCAGCUGCUGCUCCAGCUGCCGGUGGUGGUGGCGCUGCUGCUGCACCUGCCGCUGAGGAGAAGAAGAAGGAAGAAGUGGCGGAAGAGAGUGAUGGAGAUUUGGGUUUCGGCUUGUUCGACUAAGCAAAGCACAAUCACUCGUUUGGUUUUCAUCAAUUUGAGACUAAUAUUUUGUUGCAUUAUCUGAGUUACACUAGUUUGUUUGCAAGUAUUCUGCUGUAUGAACUUUACGUCUACCGAGUUAAUCAAAUCAGCUCAAGUCUUUUGUUAGAA